AUGAGUCUCAGCACAGGCAUUCUGAUGUCCCUGAACAUCUUCCAAUGCACGCCGAUACGAUGGAACUGGGAUCGAUUUGGUGGGGAGGAUGUGGAAUUUUGGUGCAUGGACUUGAACAAAUUGCAGUGGUCAAUCAACAUCACCAACAUCGUCUUUGAUAUCGUUGUACUGGUGCUCCCAAUACCGCUCAUAUGGAAAACGAAAUCAACCUUUCAUCGAAAGCUCGGCAUUGUCUUGAUGUUCAGUCUCGGAGUGGUCGUCCUCGUCGCAAGCUGUCUCAAAAUGCGUUACAACGUUCUCUACGGCAACUCCAACAACAUAACCUGGGACUACAUGGACCUGAUGGUAUGGGCAGGAAUAGAAAGCUCUGUCAGUAUCGCAGCGCCCUGCUUACCAACAGUUCGACUCUUUCUGCACAAAGUGUUUCCCACGUCAUUCGGGCGCAUAUUCGCAUUUGGCUCGCAUUGUGAAAGGACGUUGGACCAAGAGAUCAAGGCGGAGGAGGAAGAGGUUGCGCAGUGGGCAGCUGACGUUGAGAUGACCGGGGUUUCGGGGGUUGGUGUUGCGAGACCAAGGCGAGCUGCGAUAAGUUUGGGAGAAGGGUUUGAGAAUGGAAGGAGGGCGAAAAAGAAGAAGGCUAUGACGGAGUCUAGCCGGAUCUUGAGAAGCGUGGAUGAGAUACCACUGUCGCCGUAG